AUGUCUAUUAUGCCUAUUUCAAGCAAUUGGCGUAUUACAGUUCAGAAAAGUACCAUCGACAUUUUUAAAGAACAUUUUUGCUAUACGCACGAGUCGACUAAAAGGAAAAUUGAACUUGACAAGAGUGAUAUAGAGAAAGAGAUUUCCAAUGCGAAAUUCUAUCAAGACGGUGCUAAAAUAGUGAGACCCAUUGUGGCUGAAAAUCAAGAAAUUCCUCGAAUUGAAGUCGUUGAUGAUGACUGUUUAAGUUAUGCCCUGGAUUUAAAGAAGAAAGGGAUGAAUCCGGUAGUUCUUAAUAUGGCCAAUCCUGAGGUUCCCGGUUAUCUCUAUGGUGCAGCUGCGCAAGAAGAAAAUCUGUUUCGCCGUACUAAUCUGUUUCAGUACCACGACACCAAGUGGUAUCCCCUACCCAAUGCAGGUGGAAUCUAUUCCCCUAACGCUUUGGUAAUAAAAGAUAAUGAACAAAAAGAAUAUGAAUUGUUGUUGAACCAUUUGUCACUUAAGACGUUGGCCGCAUUGUGCGAUCCAGAGCUAGUGAGAGAUUCUGAAGGUCGGGAAACCAUGACUCCUGAAGGAAAGGAAUUGACUCGGCACAAGAUAAGGGCAAUUUUAAAUAUCGGAUUGGAUAAUGGACACGAUUCGAUUGUCCUUAGUGCAUUCGGUUGCGGAGCAUUUUGUAAUCCCCCGGCAACCAUGGCGCAACUGUUCCGUGAAAUAAUUACUAACGAAUACGCCGGUGGUGUAAAUUUACCAAAAACCUAUAGACACAUUGGAUUUGCCAUAUUUGAUGAUGAGAUGUCAAGGCUUUUGAAAGGCGACGAAGGAAAUUUGCCGCCAUUCAAGAAGAUUUUUGAUAACUUUAUUUGGUGA